GCAGCCCCGUCCAGCAUGGCCAAGCGCCCGCUGCUGCUCCUGCUGGCUGUGUGGGUGCUGGCUGGGGAGCUGUGGCUGAGGACCGAGGCCCGAACAGCACCCUACAGAGUGAAGCUUUGCGGCCGUGAAUUCAUCCGAGCAGUCAUCUUUACCUGCGGGGGGUCCCGGUGGAGACGGUCGGACAUCCUGGCCCAUGAAGCUCUGGGGGAUGCCUUCCCAGAUGCAGACUCUGAAGCAAACAGUGAGCUGGAUGAGGCAGUGGCUUCCAGCGAGUGGCUGGCUCUGACCAAGUCCCCCCAGGCCUUCUAUGGGGGCCGACCGGGCUGGCAGGGAACCGCCGGUGCUCUGCGGGGCAGCCGCGAUGUCCUGGCUGGCCUCUCCAGCAACUGCUGCAAGUGGGGGUGCAGCAAGAGUGAAAUCAGCAGCCUCUGCUAG